GGGGCCGGCCGCGCAGGCGCAGACGCCACGUCCGCGCUGGGCAGGUGGCUCGCAGCCCGCACCCCGGGCCGGUCGGGCAGGCGGGGAUGCCGAGGGAAUGGCACAGGCGCGUCCGAACACCUUCGUCUGGGGAAGGAGUUGAACGUCUUCAGAGAGCCUCUUGGAAAGAGCAAGUAUACGUCGAUAAAUGAAGGAGAAUAAAGAAAAUUCAAGCCCUUCAGUAACUUCAGCAAACCUGGACCACACAAAACCAUGUUGGUACUGGGAUAAGAAAGACUUGGCUCAUACACCCUCCCAACUCGAAGGACUCGAUCCAGCCACCGAGGCCCGGUACCGCCGAGAAGGGGCCCGGUUCAUCUUUGACGUGGGCACGCGUCUGGGACUACACUAUGACACCCUGGCAACUGGAAUAAUUUAUUUUCAUCGCUUCUAUAUGUUUCAUUCCUUCAAGCAAUUCCCAAGAUAUGUGACCGGAGCGUGUUGUCUAUUUUUGGCUGGAAAAGUAGAAGAAACGCCAAAAAAAUGUAAAGAUAUCAUCAAAACAGCACGGAGUUUAUUAAAUGAUGUCCAGUUUGGUCAGUUUGGAGAUGAUCCAAAGGAAGAAGUGAUGGUUCUGGAGAGAAUCUUACUACAAACCAUCAAGUUCGACCUGCAGGUGGAGCAUCCGUACCAGUUCCUACUCAAGUAUGCAAAACAGCUCAAAGGUGAUAAAAACAAAAUUCAGAAGUUGGUUCAGAUGGCAUGGACAUUUGUGAAUGACAGCCUCUGCACCACCCUGUCACUGCAGUGGGAGCCGGAGAUCAUAGCAGUCGCAGUCAUGUACCUCGCAGGACGUCUGUGCAAAUUUGAAAUCCAGGAGUGGACUUCGAAGCCCAUGUACCGGAGGUGGUGGGAGCAGUUUGUUCAGGACGUCCCUGUGGACGUUCUGGAAGACAUCUGCCACCAGAUCCUGGACCUUUACUCCCAAGGGAAACAGCAGAUGCCUCAUCACACCCCGCAUCAGCUACAGCAGCCCCCAGCUCUUCAACCCGCACCGCAAGUGCCGCAAGUACAACAGUCGCAACCGUCCCAGGGCUCCGAACCCCCGCAGCCCCCACAGAAGGAGGCCCAGCCAUCAGCACCACCGCCACCGCCGCCACAGCAGCAGCCGCAGCCACCUCCGCAGCAGGCACAGCAGCCCAAGAAGCCGUCUCCACAGCCUAGUCCUCCGCGACAGGUGAAGCGAGCCGUGGUGGUUUCUCCCAAAGAAGAGAGCAAAGCAGCAGAACCACCACCACCUAAAAUCCCCAAAAUGGAGACCGCUCACCCGCCAUUGCCUCCAGCCCACCCGCCUCCAGACCGGAAGCCACCUCUUGCCACUGCCUUAGGCGACGCUGAGACAUCAGGCCCCGUGGAUACCAGCGACCUCCCCAAAGUCCAGCUUCCUCCUCCAACCCACCCAGCCUCUGUGCACCAGCCACCACCACUGCCCCACCGGCCACCACCCCCGCCCCCCUCCAGCUACAUGACCGGGAUGUCCACCACCAGCUCCUACAUGUCUGGGGAAGGCUACCAGAGCCUGCAGUCCAUGAUGAAGACCGAGGGCCCCUCCUACGGCGCCCUGCCCCCUGCCUAUGGCCCACCUGCCCACCUGCCCUACCACCCACAUGUCUACCCCCCCAACCCGCCCCCGCCUCCUGUGCCUCCUCCCCCAGCCUCCUUCCCCCCACCCGCCAUUCCGCCCCCAACUCCUAGCUACCCACCACCUCCCCCCACGUACAACCCUAACUUCCCACCCCCACCCCCACGCCUGCCCCCAGCUCACGCAGUCCCACCUCACCCUCCUCCAGGCUUGGGCCUGCCACCAGCUAGCUACCCCCCACCCGCUGUCCCCCCUGGCGGGCAGCCACCUGUGCCCCCACCCAUUCCCCCUCCAGGUAUGCCACCCGUCGGGGGGCUAGGACGAGCAGCCUGGUUGAGAUAACCUGAUGCCUUUUUCUUUCUCUUUUUUUAACCUCAGUUUUUUCUAAUCAACUUGAAGAUUAGUCUAGUGGGUAGCAGCAGGGUCCCUUGUGGGAUGCUAGGCAAUUGAGUAAAGGAAGG